AUGUCGGAAAAUUCCAUAGAAACAAGUAAUUCGUUGAAUUUUUACAAUUAUCUUUGCCAGAAGAUUGGAUCUGAGAAAGUUGUAAAAAUUAGGAGACUGGCUUUCCUUAUUUAUAACAUUGGACAAAGUGAUACUUUUAUCAGUAGUGGGAGUAAAGCCGAAGGACUAAAUUUAAAUGGCAGUGACAUAGAUGUAAUGAUUGUUGAUUGUUUAUAUAAAGUGUACGAAUCAGUAACAGACGUCUAUAUUGAAGGCCAAGGGAUACCGUUUGUUAUGAAUACUGACGACACACAACCAUGUUUCACACAAUUAUAUCUUAAUACUCAUAUUACUCAAAAUCUUACACCAGAGGUUUAUGGGUCAGUUCUGAAUAUGUUGCAACAAAGAUAUUUGGGAUAUGUGCUUUCAAGUGAACAGUAUAAGCUAUUUAAACUGUCAAGUUUUGGAGCAGAACAGAUUGCAAAAAUUCAUGGCCCGUGUGUAACAGAUGGAAAUGAUAGUUAUGAUUGUGCAUUUUGUCUAAAAUGCGACUCAUGGAUUUUUCAAGCACAGCCAUGGAUACGUAGACCGCGUACAGCAUGGCCUGCACCUACACUUAUUUAUAAAAUAAUAUCUUAUGGUGUGCUUUUUGUGCCAAUUGGCUACAAGGGAUCCAUACAUGAAAACAUUGAAUGGCGAAUUUCAUUUUCUGAAGCGGAAAAAAUUCUUAUAUUUUCCUUCAGCCAUACACAAUUAUUAUGUUAUGCUUUGUUCAAAAUCUUGCUGAAAGAAAUAAUAGAAAAACAUGAAGAUUUGAAAGGUUUAUUGUGUUCCUAUUUCUUAAAAACAUUGAUUUCGGAAGAAACAGACCCAUAUGUAUGGAGACCAGAUAAUUUAAUACCUUGUUUUAUGGCUUGUUUAGAAAGACUGCUGUACUGUGUACGAUAUUCAAUAUUGCCACAUUAUUUUAUUCCUGAUAAUAACUUGUUCUUUUUACGGUUCAAUACGCAUAGCAAAAACAAAUUAACCACCAUGCUCGUGAAUUUAUACGAACAAGGAAUCAAUUGCUUUGCAUCUACUGAUACCCUACAAAAUCAACAAAACAAGUCAUACGGGAUCAACAAACCAUUUAUUAGACGUAACAACGUAUUCUUACAACAAUUAUUACCAACAUUUUCUAUAAUACGUCAUGUAUACUGUGUUGAUAGAGUAGAUAGAUUUUGGAGAUUGAUGUACGAUUUUCUACAUCACCACAGAACUAAUUUAUCAAGUGGGUUAUUCGCUUUACAGUUAUCUGCUGCAUUUAUGAUUGUUCCGGAAGCAACACGGUAUCCAAAUAGCUCAGGCAAUAAAUAUCAUUACGUUAAAUACAGACAUGAUCUUAGUCAUUUAAUGAUCGGUUUGCAUUCAGACGCAGUAUCAGGAUUGCUGAUGUUAGCUUCUUUCUUCUAUGUUCAGAAAAAACUACCUAUCCUCAUUAACCGUAAUAGCAUAUACAGUGAAGAAAUGUACAGCCGAGAACAUUUAUCUCGGAUUAUUAAAUAA